AUGGAUUGGAUACAAGUUUUAAUGUUGGCAACAACAUUUAUUUAUUUAUUAUAUAAGUUAACAACGAAAAAUUAUAAUUAUUGGUUAAAAAAAGGACUCAAACAAACGAAUCCAUAUCCGAUUGUUGGUGAUAACGGACCGAUGAUAUUUAAAACUGAGGAUCCUCUAACAAACAUUAAAAAUUUAUACGAUCGUUUUAAAGAAAAAAUGUCCGGAAUGUAUAUUUUUAUGCAACCGUCGCUAUUUAUAAGAGAUCCGGAAAUAUUAAAACUCGUCAUGAUCAAAGAUGCAGAAUAUUUCAUAAAUAGAUUUAAUUGGAUUAAAAAUACGGAUCCUUUGUUAAGCAAAAGUCUUAACUUGUUGCAAGAUGAAGAAUGGAAAACUUUAAGAUCCGUCAUGACGACUGUUUUUACGGGUGCUAAAAUGAAAGACAUGUUUAAAUUCAUGGACAAAUGUGCUCGACAAUCAGUACAACAUCUGGAAAAACAAAUUCGUAAUCGAUCUGGAAAAGGUAAACCGGAAGGAAAUGACUCAAACGUUUUGGAAUUGGAAUUAAAAGAAUUUUUUUCUCGUUACGGCACUGAUGUUAUAGCGAGCACUGCUUUCGGAUUGGAAUUGAAUUCGUUCGAAGAUCCAAACAAUCAAUUUUUUAACAUCGGAACUGUUAUAAGAAAAAUAUUUACGUCAUUUCCUAUUUUUAAAAUGAUAUUCAUGUUAAAUUUUCCAAAACUUACAAAGGCUCUCAACAUAACAUUUUUCGGCGACGAAAUAAAUAAUUUUUUUUAUAAUAUCGUCGACGAAAACAUAAAAAACAGAGAAGAACAUAAUAUUGUUCGCAAGGACGUAAUACACAUACUAAUGGAAGCGAGAAAGAGUAAAAACGUAAACGGAAAUAAAGAUGAAGAAUACGGAAGGGGUAAAAUACCGAGUUUAACAAACGCUGGAAUAACGGCUCAAGCUGUUUUCUUUUUCUUUGGUGGUUUCGACAUAACAGCCACCGUUCUCGGUUUCAUGUGUUACGAAUUAGCAAUCAAUCCGGAUGUACAACAACAAUUACACGAAGAAAUCACGCAGAUAAUGACGGAAACCGGAAAUGAUGACAUAACAUACGACGAUAUCAUGUUUAAAAUGUCUUAUUUGGAUAUGGUGGUCAAGGAAACUUUAAGAAAAUGGCCGCCGGCUGUUAUGACCGAUAGGGAAGUAUCCAAGACGUACGUGAUGCCCAAAACGGAAAACACACCAGAAUUUACUCUGGUAAGAGGGGACAUCAUAUUCAUACCCAUAAUCGCAAUACAUCACGAUCCGAAAUAUUAUCCGGAACCUGAAAAAUUCGAUCCUGAAAGAUUUCGAGAUGAAAAAAAUACAAUAAAUCCUCUGACGUAUUUACCAUUCGGAGCCGGACUACGGCACUGCAUAGCUUUGAGAUAUGCAAUGAUGGAAGUUAAAAUCGGACUCGUUCGUCUGGUUAGUAAAUUUCAAGUGUUGCCAACGGAAAAAACAAAAAUCCCGAUCAAAUUGAAAAAGGACAGUGGAUUUUUAUUAAGUCCGGAAAAUGGUUUCCAAUUAAAAUUAAAACUUAGAGCGCCAUAA